AUGAACAACACAGAUGCAAAGCAGAGCGCGGGAUACUUUAAGGAAAAGGCGACGAUUGGACUGAGUACUUUUAGUGGUAAUGACGUCGUCAAGGCCGUUUUGAAGAGUACCAGCCACCUGCUGAAAGCACCGAAAGAGAAAUAUCUGCAGAAGUUGGUGGCGGCCUCGUAUGGACAUUACGGAUUUGAGAUGAAGGAGGGUCUACCGAUGAACGAGUUUAUUGUCCGCCAGCUAGAGAAGCGAUCCCACACUCACAACUGGAUUGUCGUACUCAAGACGAUGAUCUCUUUUCAUCGUCUGCUGUGUGAAGCUUCGGACAGUAUGGUGGAAACGAUCUGCUGUUACAAGAGUGUGUUUAAGCGCUCGCGCAUAAAAAAUCUGGCGGACAGCGCUGACGGGGCCGGACAGGCGUUUUUUAUUACGCAGUACAUGGCUUAUCUGGAGGAGCGCUGCGUUAUGCAGAGUGCUCUUGGAAGGGGCCGGCGCAUUGAGAUUCCUGAGUUUGAGGAGUUUCUGAAGACGCUGAAUGUCGAGUUGCUGGAGCCAGUCUUUGAGAUUCUGCUUCGACUUUUGGAGGCAGUGCCAGUGGUCGAGUUCCGCGAGGCGGUGGUGAACAACUUUUGCACAAUGGAGGCGUAUCAACUCCUUGUGCGUGAUGGCAAACGGCUUUUUCAGCACUUGGCGAAGCGCGUGAUCUUUGUGCUCGAUGGUUUCGAGGAGUUUUCGCUGCCGGAGAAGCGGCGCUGGUUGGACCUCUAUCGUAGAUAUGCCAGCGCUUUUGCGUCGAUCAAGCAGUACUUUGACUCUAUUUUGUGCUCCUCGCGCGUUUUUGUGGAACCAGUGCCGCAGUUAAAACCGCUCCCGGUGUCACUGCUGGCUCGAUUGGAGGGCAACAUACGCGCCAGUGAAAUGACAAAAGAUGAACCAUGCACACUGGAGAGCCUGGGUAUCCGCUGCGGCGAAGAUGUGCGCGUUGAUACGAAUGAGGAGAAAAUUCUACCACCGCUCGCGUCAGAGCCAGCUGUAGCGGAGCAGCCGGACGCUGUUGCCGCUCGCACGCCGGGUGCACCUUCUUUUUCACUGGACGACCUUUUCGUGUCGAAGCAGGAGCCAUCGAAGCCCAUGCAGCCUGCUUCCAUCCCUGUCUCUUGGCCUUCCUCUGCACCUCCGGCCACAUCAUUGCAGUGUGGCGCCGAGCAAUGUCAGGUGAAUACUUUUGCUCCGGGUAAUUGGUCCACUGGUGCACCGCAGAACUGGGAAACUGGCGUUCCUACUACCUUUCAAGUAAGCGUGGCGCAGCAGCAGCCGUUCUUUUCGGGUGGAGUGCCGUUUGCUGGGGAAAAUGCGUCGGAGGGUGCGGCGCAAUUGGCAUCGAAGCCGACGCCUUUGCCGGCGCCGUCGAAGAAGCCGGUGGACCCGUUCAAGGAAUUGUACGAUCGCUCUCACCUUGAUUUGAAUUAG